AUGAUGACCCCGACAAUGGACGCUUCUAAGACCCCUGAUUCGUAUCGCACAAUGCUCGAUGCGAUGAGGUGUCGAUGGUCCGUAGCUAGCUCUUCCUGCAAGUGUGUUUGCCUGACGCUUGAGCUGAGCUUGCGAGGUGACACUGCGUCGCUCGGCGGUGAUGAGGUGCUGGAAGCGAAUUUGGUUUGCAAAUGGUCGGACCGAUACGUUGGCAGCGUCAAGAGUCGAGACAGGCGCAGUCUGAUCAGCCCGCCCAUGUGA